AUGGCUGGCUCUAGGAAAGGAAAGCACAAGAAGAAAAAGGAGAAAUCGAAUCCUCAUAAAUCCAAAGAAAACAACAAGCAAAUCGAUAUCUCAGUUAUCAAAUCUGAAUUGGGACAUGAGAAAGAAGGGGACAAAUGUGAUGCUAAGCACACUGAAGACAAGCAGGUAGAAAAAUUACUGUACCUUAAAAUUGAAAUAGCAUAUGAAGAAGCAUGCCUAAUUAUGUCAAAAAUGGGAUAUGAUACUCAAACCAUUGAAGGGGCACUUUUGAGAGCAGGGUAUAUAUUUGGUGAACCGGACAUCCGAAGUAGUAUCAUGAAAAGUACAUUGACUUUAAUCAAUAGUUCUCGCCAAGAAAAUGGUAAAGUCAUUUUUAAUGAAGAACAAGAACCCAUUUUUAAAACAUUGGCCGAAUUGAUCGAGUUUUGGGUACAAGAUUUGGUUAACUUAGUGGAAAGACAGCGCCCUGGUUUGUCGAAGUCUAGUGCUAUGCAGCAGAUUUUGUCAAGCAAGUUGCUUGCUAUUGAGAAAACUAAUCAAUCUCUUGCUCCUGAUAGAGUUGAAGCUUCUUCUUCUAGUGAAGUUUCAGGAGCUAAUCAAUUUGAUUUUGAUGCAUUUUUGAAAGAAAAUGCUCUUGCAUUGAAGAGAUUGACUGGUCUUACUUAUACCCCAGAGUUGGCAAGUCAAUCAGAAAAGAAUGCUACUUCUUCUGCCAGUCCACAAGAACAAGGUCAAAUCUCCUUGGAAGAUUUUGAGUUUGAUCAGAUUUCUAAUCCAUUUGAAGGGUUUCAGGGGUUAUGUGAUGAAACAAGACUAAGAAAUUGUUCCGAAGAGCAAAAACAUGAAAUUAUUUUCAGCUUGGAAGAACUCAUACGAAGUCUGGAGCAACAAGUGGAAGAUAGAAAAAAUUGGGCUCUGAAUAAAAGAAGGGAAUCGAGAGCGAGUUUGGUUAGUCACUCUCAUGAGUUAAUUAUGCUAAGUUUGGAAAAAGAAAAGAGAGAGCAAUUGGCUAAGGAGAAAGAGGAACUCGCAACUUCUAUGUCUAAAAUGAUAUUAAAGAAAGAAAAUGCUCAACGAACCACAAUGGAUCAGAUCGACAGGCUAUAUCAACAAUUGGGAAAAGUUCAGGCUGAAAAUCUUAGACUUCGAGCUGAGCUUACCAGCAUUGAGUUGAAUGAAUCAGAAUCAAAGAAGAAUAUGAAACUGGCUAUGAAAAAGGAAAAGGAAGACCUUAAGAAGAUCGAAAACUCAGAAAAACAUAUCAGCAAGACAAAUAGUCUGAUUAAUCAAGAGAAAGAAAAGAUUCUUCAGCUGGAAGUGGAGUUGAAAAAUGUUGUUCAAGCCCAAGAAGAAGCCAAGCUGAAAUUCAAGCAAGAAAUAGAGGAAAAAGAGCAGGCCCGCAUUCUAGUUUCAGAAGAAAAGAAACUAACUAGAAUUGCAAGAGAAUAUAGAGAUAGAAAGUUGUCAGCAUUGGAGCAAAAAUUAGAGGUAGAGCGUCGGCGUGUGAUGGAUGAUAAGGAGAGGCUCAUGUUAGAAGCAUCCAUUCUCAAGACACAGCACUUGUUGGGUUCAAGUGUUUCAGAGGCUGAAAGCUCACAAAACUUGGCUCAAGCAAUGCUCAUUCCUGAUCACAGGCGUUGCUAUUGGCUCUUGGUUUUGCUGGCGAAUUUAAAGCGCAGGUCAUAUUGUAUGUCCAAGGAUAUGGAUCUUUUGGGAGGAGAGAAGUAUUUGUGA